UCGGCCAUGUUGGGUGUAUGUUACAGCAGGAAUGUGUAUAUCAACAAAGGGAUCGAACAUAAUAUGUGACUUGUGAUCAAUAAAUCCUGGCUGAUUAAUAGACGGUAUGUUAUUGUAAGUCAGCUAUCAUCAAACAUAACAGGUGUUUACAUCAGCAGAAGUAAGAAGUUCUGAAGGGCGUGACAAGAACAGAACUACACUAAGCAAAACUAUGGAGAGAUCUUUUAAAAUAAAGACCAAGGAUUCCACCAACUCUCCAAACUCAAGCAAUCUCUCAGAAUCCUAUAUGUCUACAAAGGAUAUAGUAAACAUAAACUCAAAUUAUUUUGCAUGUAUUGAAUGUGGUAAAUAUUUUGGCACUAAAGCAGAGCUUGUUUCACAUCAGAGAGCGCACACAGGGGAGAAUCGUUUCUUAUGCUCUGAAUGUGGGAAAUGUUUUACCCGUAAUUCAACUCUAGUUGAACAUCAGAGAACUCACACAGGAGAGAAACCUUUCUCAUGCACUGAAUGUAGAAAAUGUUUUGGCCAGUACGCAAACCUUGUUCGCCAUCAGAGUACUCACACAGGCGAGAAACCUUUCUCAUGUACUGAAUGUGGAAAAUGUUUUAGUCUUAAAGAAUAUCUUGUUAGACAUCAGAGAACUCACACAGGAGAGAAACCCUUUGCAUGCUCUGAAUGUGGGAAAUGUUUUUGUUCUAAGUCAUAUCUUGUUAUUCAUCAGAGAACUCACACAGGAGAGAAACCUUUCUCAUGCACUGAAUGUGGAAAAUGUUUUGGCCAGUCCGCAAACCUUGUUUGCCAUCAGAGAACUCACACAGGAGAGAAACCCUUUGCAUGUUUGGAAUGUGGGAAAUGUUAUCGCCUUCAGACUAAACUUGUUAGACAUCAGAGAACUCACACAGGAGAGAAACCAUUCUCGUGUUCUGAAUGUGGAAAAUGUUUUAGUCGUAAAGUACUUCUUGUUGCACAUCAGAGAACUCACACAGGAGAGAAACCGUUCUCAUGUUCUGAAUGUGGAAAAUGUUUUAGUCUUAAAGAAUAUCUUGUUACACAUCAGAGAACUCACACAGGAGAGAAACCGUUCUCAUGUUCUGAAUGUGGAAAAUGUUUUAGUCUUAAAGAAUAUCUUGUUACACAUCAGAGAACUCACACAGGAGAGAAACCGUUCUCAUGUUCUGAAUGUGGAAAAUGUUUUGGCCAGCACGCAAACCUUCUUUACCAUCAGAGAACUCACACAGGAGAGAAACCGUUCUCAUGUUCUGAAUGUGGAAAAUGGUUUAGUCGUAAACAAAUACUUGUUACACAUCAGAGAACUCACACAGGAGAGAAACCGUUCUCAUGUUCUGAAUGUGGAAAAUGUUUUGGCCAGCACGCAAGCCUUCUUUACCAUCAGAGAACUCACACAGGAGAGAAACCGUUCUCAUGUUCUGAAUGUGGAAAAUGGUUUAGUCGUAAAGAACAUCUUGUUACACAUCAGAGAACUCACACAGGAGAUAAAGCAUUCUAAUGUACUUAAUGUGGAAACAAUAGAGAACUCACAUGGGCGAGAAACCAUUCUCAUGUUACAUAUCUGAAAAGAGACAUGCAUUCAUCAAGUGCAACCUUUUUCACUUUUGUUUUUGAUGUUGAUCCUAAAGAAGGCAAAAUCCCCAGUCUAAAGUGCUUCCAAUUUUGCAUCAAACAAGAAAAAAAUUCAAUUUUAACCCCAGAAUGGCAGUCCAAUAUAUCCUUGAUUCAAAAAGUUAUUACCCUACUAAUUAAAAAUAUAUCCCUCUGCCGGACACACCAUCUGACAAGCCUCGCCACCUACCGGACUCAGUACCCCGGGACGUAAUCCUUUGUGCCCACUACCACCACAUAAAGGAACGUAUCUUAAAACAAAGCAGGAACAACAAGAAUAUACCCAGUAAAUAUGCAGACAUUAAAAUAUUCCCAGACCUGUCGGUGGAGACGCUGAGAAGACGGAAAACCUUCCAGCCAAUUACCAUCAUCCUCAGGCAGCACCAAAUAGCCUACCGAUGGGGAUAUCCUCUCAAACUUCUAAUCUCCAAAAACGGAACAACAGAGACGAUGCACUCACCAGAGGAUGGAGAAAGACUUCUCCGGGAAUGGAACCUACCUCCACUGAACAAAUCGCCACGUGAAGCCACUAAACUGCCAAGAGAGUGGCAGAAAGCAUAACAGCCAUGGACUUGUGCCAGCUACAUUGCACAACCACAC